CCAAGCCGUCUUAUCGGCACAAACCCGCAAACAUGUUUUACACAAUCUCCUACAACAAUAGCUCGGCGGAAGUCGACAGCGUGUCCAAGAUGGCCAGCAACCACACCUUUGGAGAAUGUCGACAAUCACGGCUUGCUUGUGUAGAAUGCCGUGCCCGAAAAGUCAAAUGCUCUGGAGAAAGCACAGGCUGCCAGCGAUGUCAAGGGACCGGUAUCACAUGCGUCUUUCCAGAGAGAACCAAGCGUGGCACCAAGAGACGAAAGAACUCGACUCCCUCCGACAAUCACAGCAGCUCGAAGAGCAGCUCGGGCAGUGAGACGAGCCUCCACAAUGGCGAUAGCGGCAGCAACACAUCCAUGGCACCCACAGGAGACUCUCAUCCUCUGGCCUCAACAGUCCCCACCUCAGAAUUCUCCCCGUCGCUGGACUUUAGCCCUUCAUAUUUCUCACUAGACUUGAGUGACAACUUUAACAUUGACCUUGAUCAAUUAAACUCCACCCUCGGAGAUCUUAGCAGCUUAGCUUCAAGCAGCAGCAUAUCACCAUCACAAAGCCAGCCUUUUCCCACAGCACCACGACGGACGGUGAGAACAACAGAAGGCUUGUGCCUGGGCGACAGCCCUUCUAUCAAGGACGGCAACAUAUGCGCCUGCGCCCAGUCUGCGCUUCACAUGCUCGAAGAGCUCGAACUACAAUACGAAAACAACGUCGACGUCUCCAGCGACACCAUUCUGGGCUACCAAAAGAUUGCUCUAGCUCGCCUCAACUCCUGGAUAUCCUGCGACCACAGCCACACCCCCCGAGCAACGACCAAGCUUAUCGUGCUGGUAAUAGAGGGGCUCUCGCUGUAUUUAGAACGAGGGGCGGCCAACUGUAUCCGACAGAUGCAGCAACAAGUCGAGGAUGAGGAUCCUUCUGCUGCCGCCAGAAUGUGCAGUGUGGGGGACUACCACGUCGAAUCGAAGCACGAGUGGGCACACAUCCUCCGGGUGUCACUGCUGGUACGAUGCAGAGAGCUUUUAGCCGCAGUCACGAGGCUAAAGCAGGUCGAUGUCAACGACGUGCUUUUGCCGGCGGUAGAGACGCGGUUAUCGAAUGUCAUACAGGAGCUGAAGGGCUGGGAGGAUUAUCUGUAG